AUGUCGGACGUUGGAAAUGAGUGGGUGUCAUCGAGACGUUCGGAAAUGCUCACAACGCCAUUGCCGACUGUGUGGUGUCAUCGAGACGUUCCGGAAAUGCUCACAACGCAUAUUGCCGACUGUGUGGUGUCAUCCGGAGACGUUCGGAAAUGCUCACAACGCCAUUGCCGACUGUGUGGUGUCAUCGAGACGUUCGGAAAUGCUCACAACGCCAUUGCCGACUGUGUGGUGUCAUCGAGACGUUCGGAAAUGCUCACAACGCCAUUGCCGACUGUGUGGUGUCAUCGAGACGUUCGCGGAAAUGCUCACAACGCCAUUGCCGACUGUGUGGUGUCAUCGAGACGCUCGGAAAUGCUCACAACGCCAUUGCCGACUGUGUGGUGUCAUCGAGACGUUCGGAAAUGCUCACAACGCCAUUGCCGACUGUGUAGCGUCAUGAACACGCUCGGCAAUGCUCACAACGCCAUUGCCGACUGUGUGGUGUCAUCGAGACGUUCGGAAAUGCUCACAACGCCAUUGCCGACUGUGUGGUGUCAUCGAGACGUUCGGAAAUGCUCACAACGCCAUUGCCGACUGUGUGGUGUCAUCGAGACGUUCGGGAAAUGCUCACAACGCCAUUGCCGACUGUGUGGUGUCAUCGAGACGUUCGGAAAUGCUCACGACGCCAUUGCCGACUGUGUGGUGUCAUCGAGACGUUCGGAAAUGCUCACAACGCCAUUGCCGACUGUGUGGUGUCAUCGAGACGUUCGGAAAUGCUCACAACGCCAUUGCCGACUGUGUGGUGUCAUCGAGACGUUCGGAAAUGCUCACAACGCCAUUGCCGACUGUGUGGUGUCAUCGAGACGUUCGGAAAUGCUCACAACGCCAUUGCCGACUGUGUGGUGUCAUCGAGACGUUCGGAAAUGCUCACAACGCCAUUGCCGACUGUGUGGUGUCAUCGAGACCGUCAUGAACACGCUCGGCAAUGCUCACAACGCCAUUGCCGACUGUGUGGUGUCAUCGAGACGUUCCGGAAAUGCUCACAACGCCAUUGCCGACUGUGUGGUGUCAUCGAGACGUUCGGAAAUGCUCACAACGCCAUUGCCGACUGUGUGGUGUCAUCGAGACGUUCGGAAAUGCUCACAACGCCAUUGCCGACUGUGUGGUAUCAUCAAGACGUUCGGAAAUGCUCACAACGCCAUUGCCGACUGUGUGGUGUCAUCAAGACUUUCGGAAAUGCUCACAACGCCAUUGCCGACUGUGUGGUGUCAUCGAGACGUUCGGAAAUGCUCACAACGCCAUUGCCGACUGUGUAGCGUCAUGAACACGCUCGGCAAUGCUCACAACGCCAUUGCCGACUGUGUGGUGUCAUCGAGACGUUCGGAAAUGCUCACAACGCCUGCUUGCACGAGCUUUCAAGCCAGGGAUGUGGACACUUCCACUUGG